AGCAAAUUUGUGCGCGUGGUUGUGACCGGUGAAGUAAAAACAUUCAUUUAGUCUCAGCGUUCAAAAGAUCUUUUUUAUAAAAAUAUGUCUGAGCAACAAAACAGGUGGUGCGUGCCAGUUAUGGACAUUUUUAUUUCCUGGGUAUCGUUUCUCCCCUGGUUUGAAGAGGACAGGCACUCCGAAGAGGAGUCCGGCAUCGCCGUGGCCACGGUGUCGGGGUCCCUAGCCUCCUUGGAACUAGCUGUAAGGACAUACGAAUAUGAAGAUGGCCAUGGAAUCACGGGGACGGGUUACAGUGGAGCCACCACGGACCCCAUGGCCAUUUUGGCAAAAAUUUUGUGUAAAACAAUCCCAUAUUUCUUGAAGCUUUUGUCUCAGUUCGGUGAUUGUACGAGCAAGACGUUGUCCAAUGGCGCCAGUUUUUCGACAAAUACGACCCAGAGGGUUUCGGCGAGAUCCCGUGGCCUGAUUUCGUACAGGCCAUGUCGGAUCCCGAGUUUCGGGAACGAGUCAACACUGGAAAGAGGGAGAUUCUUCUGGAAAAAUACAGAACUGCCAGCACUGCUGCUAUUACAUUUCAAGAUUUCGUCAAUGUGGUGA